AUGUUCGAAUAUGCAGAUCGGACUGGACACGAACUGAACUCUGUAAUCGUCGACUGCAAAUAUCGCGGUGAGACUUGCAAAGGAAGCGAGUUCUGGACUACUAUUUUCACGCGCCAUGGAAAAUGCCUAACUUUCAACAAUCCAGCUGAUCCUUCAAAAAUUCUCAAAACGCUCAAAGGUGGAAUCGACAAUGGCUUGGAAGUUCUUCUCAAUUUAGAGCAAGAAGAAUAUAUCCCCGUGUGGUCUGACAAUGAUGAGUUGUCCGUUGAAGCGGGAUUCAAAAUCCAGCUCCAUUCUCAACUGGAACCGCCGUUUCUUCACGAGCUCGCAUGCCGGAUCACGUGCGAAACAAAACAGGUGCUUGCGAAAUGCGGUUGUAGAAUGGUUCAUAUGCCCUUCUUGCCCGAUGAACCUCCACGCUUUUGUCAACCAAAUAAAUGGGAAUGUGCUGAUCAAGAACUUGAUAGUCUUACUUCAAAGGACAACUCAAAGUGCGUAUGCGCCACUCCAUGUGAUGUCCGUCGUUAUUCAAAGGAAAUUUCGUUGCUGAAACUACCGUCGAACGCGUCAGUCGAAUAUUUGUCGGCGAAAUACAAGAAGCCGCAGAACUACAUCAGAAAAAAUUUCGCAAAGUUGAACGUCUUCUUCGAAGCGCUCAACUACGAAAAGAUUGAGCAGAAGAAGGCAUAUGAGUUCGGAGCGCUUCUGGGUGAUAUUGGUGGACAAAUGGGCCUCUUUAUUGGCGGCUCGAUUCUCACCUUGCUAGAAAUCUUCAAUUACUUUCAUGACAUCGUCAAGGACAAAACAAGGAGAAGGAAGUCUUCCACCGCCUCGACAAAAAGCGUUUCUACAAAUGAAAGGGAGUUUUUACGAUUCGCCAGACCAGUUCCUUCUAUUCCAAGCUGCAACCGCCACUGCAUCGUCACUGACAUCAACUGA